AUGCAUAUACAUUUUAAUGAGGACUUGUAAAAUUUACUUAAUAGCCCAAACUUAUCUAUUUAUUAAAUCGUAAACUAACUGCUUAAAAGCUAAAUUGAUUCUUUUAGAAUAUUAAGAAGCGAAUUUACUAUUAGUAGUAACAAUAAAGCUAACAAAUUAAAUAAUACAAAUUAAAACUCUAAAUCCAAAUUUAGCUUCUAAGGAAAUAAUUCAAAUGAAAAAAAUGCAAAAUUUUACGAAAUUGUUAACAAUAAUACACUAAUUUUAAGAGGAAAGACAUAGAGUGGAGAAACUCUUUUUAAAAUUUCAAUUUACCAAUACUUAGGUCAAGAAUUUAAAAGUAAUUUAAAAUGCACACAAGAUGGGUUAAAUGACUAAGAAAAUAUGAAUACAGAAGGUAGAGAAACACUUGCUAUGAUAGAGCUAAUCAAUAUUGAUAAUCUAAUCAAGUAAAGAGAUGCUAGUAACCUUAAGUCGUUUAAAGGAAAAAUGUUGGCUUCUCUCUCUCAUGAGUUAAGAACUCCUCUAAACUGCAGCAUGUAGUUAAUUGAAACAUUAUAUCAUUCAGGGUUGCUGUAAGAUGAAGACAGAGACUUAUUUUUGGCUCCAGCAAUUCAGUCAAAUUAAUUGCUGCUUCAUAUUAUUAAUGACAUUUUAGAUUUUUGUUAAAUUAAUAAUGGUGAUUUAAGACUUAUUUUCGAAGAAUUUGAAAUAAGAAAGGCUAUCUAUGAAUGUAUAUAAUUAUUUGCACUUUAAAGCUCUCAAAAAAAUUUACCAAUUGAAAUUAUCAUAGAUUUUCAACUACCUUUGUAUAUUAGGUCAGAUUAAAACAGAUUUAAGUAGGUAUUUUUGAAUAUUCUCAGUAAUGCAGUGAAAUUCACUGAGUAAGGUAAGAUCACUAUUGAAGUAGAUUAUUGUUAAGUUUUAGAUUUAUCUAUUGAGAAUUCUGUUAAAAUAUCUAUCUAAGAUACUGGCUGUGGUAUCACUCCUGAAAUAGCUAAAAAUAUUUUUAAUGGAUUUAAUUCUAAUAAUAUAUAUGAAAAUAACUCUCUUUAAUCCCUAUUUAAACCUGAUUUACAUAAAUUGAGUAAAAAAAAUUUCUAAGAUGCUACGUUUAAUUAACAAAAUGCAAGUUAAUCUCAAUAUGAUAUCACAAACAAAGUAGGGGCUGGCUUAGGUUUAAGUAUUUCAUAUAAUUUAGCAAAAGGACUGGGCUCAAAUAGAGGGAUAGAAUUUUAAAGUUAGCCAAACGUAGGAUCAAUAUUUACCUUUUAUGUAACAGAUAGGAAAUAGUAAGUACCUGGCUGUAAAUUAAAUAUAAGAUCCUUUCAUGACAUUUAGUUUGUUAAUUGGUAAACUCUUGACUCUGCAUCUAGUCAUAAAAUUUAGACUUCUGUUAUCUUAGCAGAUAAAUCUAAAAGAAUGUCAAUCUCUCACAAAAAUAGUAGAUUUUCCUAGUUUUAAUUAGAAAACUAUUGCAGCCAGAGAAAGAUUAGCAUUCAAUAUAGUCAUUAGUCUUAAAUUUAAUCAGAAAAUAUAAAGACCUCAAAUUAAAUGUCAAAACCAUCUCUCAUUAUUUCUGAUAGAAAUAUAGACAUAAAUUAAGAUGUAAUUCAUAGAAAGAGAAGUAAGCCCAAAGAAGGUAAAGAAGAAGCAUUAUAAAUACAGUCUUUGAGAAGAUGGUAAUAAGAAUUAGAUAAGUAGAUGUAUGAAAGCUAUUAAGAGAUAUCUAAAAACAAUUAUGAUUAAGAAAGUUAAAAUAUUUAUGCUGAUGAAGAAAGCAAUAAUCUGUAUAGUAGUUAUUAAAACAUUAAUUAAACUUAAGGGAUAAAAACUAUUAAUCAAUUUGAAAUUCAAACUUCUGGAUACUAUCUUUUAUAAAACAGUUAAAUAUUUUAACAACCAACUAAACAACAAUAUAAUGUAUAAAUGUACUAAGAGACACAAAACUAAUAUAAACUUGAUACUAAAAAAGGCUUUCAAAUGCUUUCUGUUAUGAACAAUAGCGAAUAAAAAAAAAUAAACUUAAAAAAAUAAAUACCAAGUUCUAAAAGUAUUCCCUCACAAAACAAUUUUGAAUUAGAUAACUAAAACUACAGAAAGCAUCUUAUUUAUUCUUAAAAUUAAAUUUCUACGGAAUGUGCUAAAACUCCUGAACCAGAAAGUCUUAAGGAUAAAAUAUAUUCGAAUGAAAAAAUUAAUUUUAAGCAGGAGGUUUAAAAAAUCAAUUCAAAUAUGUCAAACGAUGAAUAAUAGAUUCGUAGUAAUUCAAAUUCUUAAUUUAGUAUUGAUUUCAUUUAAGAUUUAAGUCCAUAAUCAAUUAGAAAUAAACAUGAAAUUUCAGAGAAAAAAAAAUAAUAAGAAAGAAAUGAGAAAAUACUAAUUUACAAUAAUAGAUGUAACACUAUUUACCAUGAAACUACUUAAUACAAAAACAAUAUUGAUAUUAUUAAACAAAAGAUAAAAGAAUUGAUUACAUGUAGCUGCCCAAGUAUACUCCUAGUAGAUGAUAAUGAUUUCAAUCUGUAUGCCCUUGAAAUUCGCUUAAAACCGUAUAAUAUAUAUGUAGACAAAGCUAAUAAUGGAUUUUUGGCACUCUAAAAAGUAUAAGCAAGAUACUACUCUAAUCAGUGCUGUCAAAAUUAUUAAUUGAUAUUUAUGGACAUAGACAUGCCAGUUAAAAACGGUUAUUAAGCUGCUUAAGAAAUAAAUUUAUUUUUCAAAUCAAUAAAUAUGAAAAAAUUAUCUCCAAUAUCAGCUUGUACUGCUUUCGUUUCAGAAGAAGAAAAGAGGAAAGCUUUUGAAUCUGGUAUGUAAUAUUACAUUACAAAACCAGUUGAUAGCUAAAAGUUAGAAGAUGUUUUGCUUAAAGUAUUUAAAAUAUGA